AUGGUUCAGACGUUAAGUCAUUCCAUCCCUACCUCUGCUGCAACUGAGGCCCCCGCCUCCGCCUCGUCGUCUUUUCCUCUCCUCACCACCUCCGCGAACGCGUUCAAAACGACCAAGUCCCCCGCGAAGCAGCCUCCACGGCCUGCCGCUCUCAAACCUACCGCCCCUCUUCCUCCUCCUCUUCCUCCUGCUCCUGCCUCCCCUGUGAAGCAAGGAACCAACGACACAGAUGCAGGCGGAGCAGGAUCAAAGGAUGGGGGCGAUGGGGAUGCUGGCAGUGCUGCAGGGGUCAGCGGGGGGGGGAAUGACACCAGCGUGUCCAACGUGACCAGCAGCCCGCCGAAACCGCUCAAGUCUCCGACUAAGCCGUCCAAGAGUCCGCAUAAGCCGGCCAAGUCGCCCAAGCCGCGGAAAUCCCCCAAGCCUCCCCCGACUUUCAAGUCCCCCAAGUCUCCCCCCAAGCCUUCCGCCAGUACGCCAUCCCCGCCUGCUGUUGUCGCUGCUGCUCCGCCUGACCCUCCCUCCCCGCCCUCCCCGUCACCCUCGACCAAGGCCCCCAAAUCACCCACACCCUCCAGCCCACCUCCUCCCAACCCAAUCAAGAGCCCUCCUCCGGUCAUCAAACCGCCUAAGAGCCCUCCUCCGGUCAUCAAACCGCCUAAGAGCCCUCCUCCCCCUAUUGCUCCACCAUCUCUACCCCCACCUAAGCCCCAAAAAUCUCCUCCUCCCCCCACCCUCUCGCCAUCUCCACCCUUAAAUAAGACCCAACCCCCUCCCAAAUCUUCACCCCCUCCUAAAUCCCCUCCCCCUCUCAAAUCCCCGUCCCCUCCCAAAUCCUCACCGCCUCCCAAAUCCCAACCCCCUCCCAAAUCGCCGCCCCCUCCCAAAUCGCCGCCCCCUCCUAAAUCGCCGCCCCCUUCCAAAUCCCCGCCUAAGGGGGGAGGAGGGGUUGCGCCAGGGGGGGAUGGGGAGGAAGAGGCGGAAGGGGAAGGGGAAGGGGAAUGGUACGAUCUACCUCCCAGCGUGCCGUCGGCCAGUAAGCCGGUGCCACCUGGCACGGGUGGCGUGUAUGACGUGAGGAGCUUUGGGGCGAAGGGGGACGGGAAGAGCAACGAUGGGAAGGCAAUCGAAGCAGCUUUUGCCGCCGCAUGUGCUGCGUCCCUCAACAGCAGCACAGCAACCGGAGUAGGAGGAGCAGCAGAUGGGGGUAAAGACCAGGUUGCCCCAACGGUGCUGAUUCCGGGUAAAUACACCUUCCACAUCAUGGGUGUUUCCUUCCUUGGCCCGUGCGGGCCUUCAGGCGUGAACGUGCAGCUGGAUGGAAACAUCACCGUGCCUCAGAACCCAAAGAUCUACACCGUUCCCAAGACUGGCCCCUUCACGAUUCUCUACUUUAAGGGGAUCACAGGGCUGAAGGUGUAUGGGAGCGGCGUGGUGGACGGGCGAGGGCAGCUGUUUUGGGAGCAGAAGGGGAAGGGCGAUCGGCCCAUGCUGCUGUACUUUUUCCGAUGCAACCAGACCGUGCUCAGUGGCAUCACUGUCAGGAACGCGGCCUUUUUCCACGUGCAGGUGUUUCGGUGUGCCAACAUGCGCAUCUUUGAUUUCCGCACAGACUCGCCGGCAGAGAGCAUCAACACGGACGGCAUCCACAUCUCCUCCUCCUUCAACAUCGACAUCCGACGGUGCACGCUCGGGGGGGGUGAUGACAACGUGUCCAUGUGGGACGGCGCUGUCGGCGUGACUAUAUCGAAUGUCACGUGCCUCACAGGCCAUGGCAUCUCCAUCGGAGCACUAGGAAGCGGCACGGUGUAUCCUGUCUCUUGCGUGUCGGACAUAUCAGUGAGGGACGUGCGGUUCGUCAACACCAAGAUAGGCCUGCGCAUCAAGACGUUCCAGGGUGGUGCAGGGAAGGCCACCAACAUCAUGUAUGACGGCAUCUCCAUGGAGAACGUGCGGUAUCCAAUCGUCCUCGAUCAGAAGAUGACACCAGCCGCCGUCAACCCGCAUCGAAAAAACGACCACGUUUUUUCACAGGGAGACCGCGCUAAGAAGAGGCGGCUACCAAACGGUCACGCUUACGAAGCAGUCCCGUUGGAUCCUGACGUCUUCGAGAUCGACGGCGAGAUCAUGUACGAAUCGGACGGCAAGAAGCGAAAGAUCUCCGCGGCGAACGGCGGGAAACGAGAGGAGUCUGGCGUUUCCAAGAUGGACGGCGACUGCACGGGUCCCAAUGAAAUCGGUCGGAAGCGCAAGGCUCUGACAGAAAUCAUCCACCGUGACGACCCAGGGAGCGUUUCGGAAGCCGUACGCGGGGUUCUUUCUAGGGGCGAGAGGAGAUCUCUUAGACGGGAGAUUAGAACGGAUCUGAAUACGGUGCUGGCUCUAGGUCGGAGAGUAGACGCUCGUGAGAAUAGAUUGAUGCAGGAGCCGCAGGUUAUCCUUAGUGACUCGCUUGGGGACCGGAGGGUUCGCAGAUCGGAAAACGGAGGAGCCACGGAGCUUUCGUCUGCAGGACAGCCGCUCGACGGGGGCUUAGGGGAGACAGCGCAGAGCGGGGGGCCCUUGGCGGUGGGAGUGGCGCAGCAACUCCACCAGCACCACCGAAAGGGGAGAGGGGCUGCUGGCGGGGAGAGAACACCAGGCGGGAAGGAGAAGCGGACGCCGAAGGCGAAUACAACGUACAUACACCCCGACUUCCUGUCCGCGGCCGAUAAGCUUCCGCCGCCAGAGAAGGGGAAGUCGAAGUCGUCUAGUCAGAAGAAGGGCGGGGGGAAAGGGGUAGAGCAGAAAGAUCCGCGUAGGCAGAAGGUCGAGUCCGCACGGGCGAAGCGGAUGGCGGAUGCGUUCCGCAUGUGCGGUGCGCUGCUCAAGCGAGUUAUGUCGCACAGGUUCUCGUGGGUUUUCAAUGUCCCUGUAGACGCGGAGAAGCUUAAGUUGCACGAUUACCACACGGUUAUCAAGAAUCCUAUGGAUCUGGGCACUAUCAACACGAGAUUAAAGGCGUCGGGUUACCAGCAUCCCGACGAGCUCCACAACGAUGUGCUGCUCGUUUGGUCCAACGCCAUGACUUACAACGGGGAAGGCAAUGACGUGUAUCACAUGGCGGCGGAGCUGAAAAACAUGUUCGAGCAAGGGUACCAAAAGGUUCAGCAGAAGCUGGACGAGGAUGCAGUUAAGAGGCGACAGGAGGACGAGUUGCUGGCAGCGGGAGGGGGUCUACCAGAUCCCAGGGACAAGUCGGAAGUGCUAGAGUUGGAGAAGCGGUUACAGAAGUUAGAAUCGCAGCUUGUGGCGAGUACUAAGGCGCAACAGCAGCAAGGGAAGGCCAGAGGGGGUCAGGCUAAGCCGCGAGCGGCUGAUACGAAGAAGAGGGACAUGACGUUUGCAGAGAAGCAGAAGCUGAGUGUUAAUCUGGGGAAGCUGCCUCCGGAGAAGCUAGACAGGAUUGUCCAAAUUAUAUCGGAGCGCAACCCGGAUCUGAGUCAGAACGCAGACGAGAUCGAGCUUGACAUUGACUCGCUGGACAGUGAGACGCUGUGGGAGCUGGAGAGAUACGUGGCCAACUGCAUGAAGAGCAAGAGCAAGCGGAAGAAGCUCCCUCUUUACGAUACUGUGCAACCCAAGGGCGUGGAUGCGUUCCCAGCAAGCUCAGCAGGAGACCUUAAAGAAGGUGAAGACAGCAUCGACAUUGGGGACGAAGGGCCUUUGCCUGCGCAGCCAGCAGGCCCCUCUAGGCCGGAGCCGUCAAGGGCGUCAGCAGGGAAUGGAGCACAAGGCGGAGGGGCUGCCUCUGACUCCUCUGGCUCGUCAGGCUCCAGUGAUGACAGUUCCUCAAGUGUUUACAACGGCGGAGGUCACGCGGUUGAUCAUGCCAGGGCAGGGGAUAGGAGAGGCAGCAGAGAGAGCAGUAGAGACGGAGGCACAGGCACCGGUUUGGCUGGGUGGACAGGUGGGGAAAGGAGAGGCUUGCGGAGAAAGUUCCUAGAUGAGCUGGAGCAGCUGCAGGGGUUAAGUGAGAAAGUGGAAGCCAGGGAGGGAGCAUUACGGCGCGAGGAGUUGUCAGGGAAGGGUGCGGAGAGCCGGAAGCGGAUGAGACGUUCCGAGAACGGUACGAUUGCAUCUCACACGGUGGAAUCCGGGUCGAUGGACGCUUCGCCUGUCGCUGUAGCCGCUCCGCUCGUUCCUGCGCCCCCAGUGCGAAUACAGGGUUCAGAGACGGAGUUUUCAGGCAAGGGGUGGAUCGCACCGUUAGGCGCUGAUUCGUUUCAUGCUAAGGAGAAGGCCUUGGUUCCCGAGAGAGGCAAGGGGAAGAAUGUCCCUGCAAACACGCCGGAACUCGAUCUGAAACGACAGAAAAUCGAAGCUGCUAGAGCGAGGCGAUUGAACGACAUUUGUAAGCAGUAUGCGACGCUGCUGAAACGACUGAUGUCGCAUAAAUACGGAUGGGUGUUCAAAGAGCCCGUCGAUGCGGUGAAGCUCGGUUUACACGAUUACCACACGGUGAUCAAGAAUCCGAUGGACCUGGGUACGAUUACCGCGAAAAUCAAGUCGUCGGGUUACCUUCAUCCAGACGAACUGUACAGCGACGUGCAGCUGGUUUGGUCGAACGCUAUGCGGUAUAACGGGGAAGGCAGUGACGUGUAUAUCAUGACGUUGGAACUGAAGGGCCUGUUCGAGCAAGGGUACAGGAAGAUCCGACUCAAGGUGGAGGAAGAUGCCGCGAAACGCAGGCAGGAAGACGAGGAGCUGAUGGUUGUAGAGGACGUUAAGGGAGCUAAGGCAACUAGGGAGACCAGCGACGGCCGUGAGAAGCCGGAGGUUCAAGAGUUGGAGAAGCGGCUGCAGAAGCUCGAGUCGCAGAUGCAGGCCGGUGGGAAGGUGACGAGCCAAGGAGUAACGCAGGUUCAGGCGAAGGGGAAGGUUCCCCUGAGGGACAUGACGUUUGCGGAGAAGCAGAAGCUGAGUGUUAACCUGGGGAAGCUUCCACCGGAGAAUCUGGAUCGGAUUGUGCAGAUCAUAUCCGAGCGCAAUCCUGAUUUGAGUCAGAACGCGGACGAGAUCGAGCUUGACAUUGACUCGCUGGACAGUGAGACGCUGUGGGAGCUGGAGAGAUACGUGGCCAACUGCAUGAAGAGCAAGAGCAAGCGGAAGCGGGCUCUGCUGCAGCAGAAGCAAUCGGUGCCUUUGUCCAAGGUUCCUGACGCUCUUCCUGCUUCACAGCAGGAGCUCAAAGAAGGCGAGGACAGUGUUGACAUUGUGGAGGAAGGUUCCGGUCUUGUUCAUGGGGCUGCUGCUGUCACUUCUGCUGCAGACUCGGCAGCAGCCAAGCUGCCUGCUGGGAAUGGAGUAGGAGGGAAGGCCAAUCCAGGCACCUCAGGAUCAUCCAGUUCGAGCGAUGAUAGCUCGUCCAGUGAUAGUGACUCAGACAGCGGCACAUCCUCCAGCGAGUCUGAUCAGGAAGAUCGGCGCUCCAAGGGAACUCCUUCUGAGCCUGCCCGUGGGAAGCAGAAUCAGAGCAAGGAUAGUGCAAAGGCCAGUGAUAUAUGCUCCUCGCCUAAUGCUGGGGGUGACAGUGUUGCUGCAAGUGAAGGGGUGAAGAUGGAGGUUGAUGUGAAGCAAGAUGAAAAGCCAAAGGAGGUGAAGCCAUCUUUCAAAGAGCGAGCUCGUUUGGAAGCUGAAGCCAGGGCAGCACAGGAGACUCGCAGGCGGAAAGAAGCAGAGGUGGCUAUUGAAGCCCGGAAAAAGCUGGAGGAGCAAAGGGAAGCAAUGCGUCGUGCUCUGCAAGGGAUGGCAAAGUCCGUGGAGUUGGACGAGAGCCAUGCCAUCAUGAAGGACAUGCACCUUCUGAGUGCUCCUGCUGAGCACAUCAGCAUUGGUCCUGACCGCUCCACCGAAUUGCUGUUUGGUGGUGAAGGUGCAAGAGUCUCAGGUUCUCAACAGGGAAUGAACGUGUUAGAGCAUUUAGGGCUAUCACUAAGAGAUGAAUCAGAUGGAGAAGAGAGUGAAGAUGAAAUGGAGGCAGACAGAAGCAAGGAAGAAGUGGAAGAUGGGGAAAUCUGA